UCCACUCGGCUUUGACAGCGGCCCAGUCCUUCCGCCUGCCCAGCCUGGACCGCGCAGGGAGCCGGAGAUCAGGGCGGACUGACCAGCCGGUGCUGUGUGCGGGGCGCCCGGCCCCCAGAGCCUGCCCGCUCCCCAUGCUGAGGUCAGCCGACGGGAGGAGGAACAGGCCGGAGCCCGGCCCAGCCAUGCCGGCCUCCUCCGGCACCCCAGGGGCCCAGUGUCCCCGUGCCGGUCCCUGAUGGGCCCCACACCUGGGAACUAGCUGCUCUAGGUGCCCAGGGCACCCUUGUCGCUGGAAUCGACUUGGCCCGCCGCCGGGUUGGCAUCGCGGAUGAGCCCAGCCGAGCCAACUCCCUAGGCCCAGGGCCCUGAAGGUUGCUGCCCUCUCUGCCAUUCGAGGAGGAACGGCCAAAGUUGGGGGCGGAGGGGCAGGAGGCGAGAGGGGCCGGGAGCAGAGGGGGUGCCAUGGCCCGGGCGCUGCCCUGGCUGCUGCUCUGGGCCGUGCUGCCCUCCCGGGGGGCCCAUCCAGGCAUCCAGGUGCCCCUGAAGACCAGGCAGGGAGCGCCGGCCCCGGGCCCCCGGCUGCCCCGGGCGGCCGGUGAGGGGCCCGGAGACCCCGGGCUGGGGGGCAGCUUCGUGGAGAUGGUGGACAAUCUACGGGGCAAGUCCGGGCAGGGCUACUACGUGGAGAUGACCGUGGGGAGUCCCCCCCAGACGCUGAACAUCCUGGUAGACACGGGCAGCAGUAACUUCGCCGUGGGAGCCGCCCCCCACCCCUUCCUGCGGCGCUACUACCGGCGGCAGCUGUCCAGCACCUACAGAGACCUGCGGAAGGGCGUGUAUGUGCCAUACACCCAGGGCAAGUGGGAGGGGGACCUGGGCAGCGACCUGGUGGCCGUCCCUCACGGCCCCAACGUCACCGUGCGGGCCAACAUCGCCGCCAUCACCGAGUCUGACAAGUUCUUCAUCAAUGGCUCCAACUGGGAGGGCAUCCUGGGGCUGGCCUACGCCGAGAUCGCCAGGCCUGACGACAGCCUGGAGCCCUUCUUUGACUCCCUGGUGAAGCAGACGUCCGUCCCCAACCUCUUCUCUCUGCAGCUGUGCGGCGCCGGCUUCUCCCCCAAUGAGUCCGAGGCGCUGGCUUCUGUCGGUGGGAGCAUGAUUAUCGGAGGCAUCGAUCCCUCCCUAUACGUGGGCAGCCUGUGGUACACGCCCAUCCGGAGGGAAUGGUACUACGAGGUCAUCAUCGUGCGCAUGGAGAUCAAUGGGCAGGACCUGAAGUUGGACUGCAAGGAGUACAACUACGACAAGAGCAUCGUGGACAGUGGCACGACCAACUUGCGUCUCCCCAAGAAGGUGUUCGCGGCUGCGGUCAAGUCCAUCAAGACGGCGUCCUCGACGGAGAAGUUCCCGGAUGGCUUCUGGCUCGGGGAGCAGCUGGUGUGCUGGCAGGCGGGCACGACGCCCUGGGACAUUUUCCCGGUCAUUUCCCUCUACCUGAUGGGGGAGGUCACCAACCAGUCCUUCCGCAUCACCAUCCUGCCUCAGCAAUACCUGAGGCCGGUGGAAGAUGUGGCUACAUCGCAGGAUGACUGCUACAAAUUCGCCAUCUCCCAGUCAUCCACGGGCACCGUCAUGGGCGCUGUCAUCAUGGAGGGCUUCUACGUCGUCUUCGACCGUGCCCGCAAACGAAUCGGCUUUGCCGUCAGCACCUGCCACGUGCAUGACGAGUUCCGAAUGGCGGCGGUGGAGGGGCCCUUCGUGACUCCGGACACGGAGGACUGCGGCUACAACAUCCCGCAGACGGACGAGUCCACGCUGAUGACCAUCGCCUACGUGAUGGCUGCCAUCUGCGCCCUCUUCAUGCUGCCGCUCUGCCUCAUGGUUUGCCAGUGGCGCUGCCUCCGCUGCCUGCGCCGCCCGCGGGAUGACUUCGCCGACGACAUCUCCCUGCUCAAGUGAGGGGCGGCGGGGGCAGAGUCCUCUCCCUCCGGGCUGCCCGCCGGCGGGCAGAGGGCCUCGCCCGGGGGCGGUGGAACCCCAGGACCCUCCGCCCGCCACCAGCCGCCUCGGCAGGGUGGGUGCCAGGAGGGCACAGGGCCCCCGGGCGUGGGGAGAGGCAGACGAGGGAGCUGCCGGACUGCAGGGACCGCACACCUCCCAGCCGGGAUCCGCUGCCCGACGCUCGAAGCCGUACCCCCCACCCCUCCGCCCCCCGCCUUUCCCUCUCGGUCCCUCUGCCCUGACCCAGGCCCCGGGGAGAUUCUGGGGGCCCCGGGACCAACGGGGGACCCAGAGGAGCCCUUUGGCUCCAACAACCCACUAUUGCAGAGGGCCUUCAUCCGCACCCCGCUGGAAGCCCUCUGUGAACAAGCUGACCUCCUUUCGGUGCAGGGUUCUACCUUGCCUUUUUAAUUUUGCAUUUGAAUAGGUUACCGA